AUGGGAAAAACCUAUCUAAAUGGAGAGAGCUUCCAGCCCAGUUGUCAGCUGAAAUGUAUCUGCAUGGAUGGGUCCAUUGGCUGCAUUCCCCUUUGCCCUGAUGGGGCACAUCUCCCUCCCCCUGAUUGUCCCUUUCACCAGUGGGUAAAAGCGCAGAGCAAGUGUUGCGAAGGAGAGUGGGUCUGUGAAGGAAGCCGUCAAAAGACCCCUUACAAGAAAGUUCUUUUGCCCAUCUCAGUUUACAGGAACAGAUUUGCUCACAAGCCUGUGUUAAAGCUUAAGCCGACACUGAAUGACCUUCAGGUGAACUGCUUGGUGCAGACCACUGAAUGGAGUGUCUGUUCUAAGACUUGUGGGAUGGGCAUUUCUACCCGUGUGACCAAUGACAACCCUCAGUGCCAAUUGGAGAAAGAGAGCAGGCUGUGCUUGGUUCGAUUCUGCAACAUCCCUUUGGACCGCAGCAUCAAGAGAGGGAAGAGGUGCUGGAGAAACCCUAAAUCUCGUGAGGCGAUCAACUUUGAGUUCACCGGCUGUACCAGCAUCCACUCCUAUCGGCCAAAAUUCUGUGGCAGCUGUACGGACAAUCGCUGUUGUAUGCCACGUAUCACCAGCACAGUGGAAGUGGAAUUUCGGUGCCCAGAAGGAGAGUCGUUUGUCCGGAAAAUGAUGUUCAUCCAAUCUUGCUCUUGCCACUAUGACUGUUCUGCAGGUCAUGAUGUCUUUCUGGCCAGUUCCCACCGGUCAAUGGUAGGGGACCACGUCAAACUAAAGAAUCAGUAG